AUUGUAUAGUGUGAAAGGGUCCUAAUUUAACAUAUUUUCUCUAUUUCUAGGGAUAACACGUCAUCUGAUCCAGAUAUAUCCACCCCUUGAGGGAGCGGGAUCACAUUCACAUCCUCUUAUGAAUGGUUAGAAGUCUCAGAUGAAGCAUAUCGUGCUCAAAAAAAUAAAUAAAUAAAUAAAUUUCUAAUUGUAUAGUAAAGGUCCUAAUUUAACAUAUUUUUCUAUUUCUAGGAUUACACGACAUCUGAUGUGAAAAUAUCCACCCUUUGAGAGAGCCGGAUCACAUUCACACCCUCUUAUGGGUAGAAGUCUCAGAAGAAGCAUAUCGUGCUCUAAAAAAUAAAUAAAUAAUUAAAUUGCUAAUUGUAUAGUGUGAAAGGUUCCUAAUUUAACAUAUUUUUUCUAUUUCUAGGGAUUACACGACAUCUGAUGUGAAAAUAUCCACCCUUUGAGAGAGCCGGAUCACAUUCACACCCUCUUAUGGGUAGAAGUCUCAGAAGAAGCAUAUCGUGCUCUAAAAAAUAAAUAAAUAAUUAAAUUGCUAACUGUAUAGUGUGAAAGAGUCCUAAUUUUACAUAUUUUCUCUAUUUCUAGGGAUAACACGACAUCUGAUGGGGAAAUAUCCACCCCUUGAGAGAGCGAGAACACAUUCACACCCUCUUAUAUUAGAAGUCUCAGAUGAAGCAUAUCGUGCUCAAAAAAAUAAAUAAAUAAUUAAAUUGCUAAUUGUAUAGUGUGAAAGGGUUCUAAUUUAACAUAUUUUCUCUAUUUCUAGGGAUUACACGACAUCUGAUGUGAAAAUAUCCACCCUUUGAGAGAGCCGGAUCACAUUCACACCCUCUUAUGGGCAGAAGUCUAAGAAGAAGCAUAUCGUGCUCUAAAAAAUAAAUAAAUAAAUAAAUUGCUAAUUGUAUAGUGUGAAAAGGUCCUAAUUUAACCUAUUUUCUUUAUUUCUAGGGAUAACACGACAUCUGAUCCGGAAAUAUCGACUCCUUGAGAGAGCGGGAUCACAUUCACACCCUCUUAUGGUUAGAAGUCUCAGAUGAAGCAUAUUGUGCUCUAAAAAAUAAAUAAAUAAUUAAAUUUAUUGCUAAAUGUAUAGUGUAAAAGGGUCCUAAUUUUACAUAUUUUCUCUAUUUCUGAAAAUCUCACGUAGUAAUGGUUUUGGUUUAAUCGUUCUUACAAAAUAUAGUUCGCAUAAUUUGGAAGCAGAGAUUAACGUUUAAUUGAUUAGGGUUAAGCUACAUCUAUUUUUGGUUCCACUCCACCAUUACUAAAGUUUACGGUGUUCCACACUGCCCGAAUUAGAACUGCUCGAAGGGUAGUUAUAGACCCCUUGUAAAUAAGGUACUUAAACAGAAUUUGUGUUUUUGUAUUUCAAUACGCGCUAUGGCCUUCUAGAUGUUAUGACGAAUAGAAUUUUGAAACGCAAUUUUUUCCAUUUUUCUCAUAUGUGCGUCUGUAAAGGAUCAGGGACCUGUCCUUCGUCCAAUUUUAUCCGCAUACCAACAAUGAAUGAUACUACCAAAAAAUCAGUUUGGGAAUGAAUUUAUUCAAAUCUUCUUGUUUACCUAGUUCUAGUAAAUAACUGACAUUCCAUGAUUCAAUGGUACUAAUUCUCCAAUUACCAUAUCUAUUAUCUAUAUUUCAAAUUGUCGUUUAUGUAUGGGUUUACAGUAUAAUUUGGUGCGUGUAUGUAUAAAGUGAGCAACAACGCAGCUCGUCUCAUCCUUCCAAAACGCUAUGGGCAUUGCCAUCGUCAUUGCUUUUGUAUUCAGCUUUACGUCCGCAUCCUCAGUUCCGUUUCAGGUUUGCAAACGAUCCGAUGCUAAUUUCAACAACUGCCUGAAGGAUGCCAUUAAUGGCGCACUGCAACUCUUGGAGAAUGGUCUCCCCAGGUACGGAAUCGAGUCCAUUCAGCCGAUAAAGAUGGGUUCUUGGGAAGCGCCUGGGAGUCCGCCGCUCGCUUUUACCCAGCAGUUCCAAAACGCCAGAGUGUACAACUUUCCGUUCUCCACGAUAGAAAACCUAACAUUACAUUUGGACGAACGUAAUUUUUCCCUGGAAAUGUUCGGUCACAACCAGGCAAUUGUAGCCCGAAUGAGUUACAAGUUCGACAACGCGAUAGUUGACGGUGACGAUUUAAGCAGUCAGGGAUUCCUGUCGUACAGCUACUGGGAUAUCGACUUAUGGGUCCAAUUGGUGGGUUCUGUUAUUGAAAGUGAAGGAACCAAGAUAAUAAAUAUUACAGACUCGGAUAUGACUCUAACCCGUAUUAAGGAUUUUGGAGUUGAGAUUCUCAGUAACGAAACUGAGCGGGCCAAAAGGUUGACCAAGUUUGUUGUCGAUAAUACUGAAUACGUUUUAGAGACGGACAAGCGGGGUUACGAAAUAGGCUAUGCUAACUCCUUUAAGACAAUCGCCAACCAGAUAUUUCAACGGUUUGGUGUUGAUGUCUUGUUUCCACAAUAAAUCGAUA